AUGAAUCUCUAUCGAAGGCGUUCUCAAGAUGUAUCGAAGCAUAAGCAAAGCCAAGCGGGCUUGCUGGAAUGGCACGAAUUGUUCAACAUUCAUUCACAUAUAACUGGAGUCAUUCUGUUUAUCACUCUGCCAUUUCUUACAUAUAUGGAGAGAACCAACCUUGCGCUAGUGCAGACUGGUGAUAUUGUGGCGCUCUCCCUGUUUUUCUUUGGAGUUGCAACAUGCUUCUUCCUUUCCGCAGCCUAUCACACUUUUGGGAACCACAGUCCUCGUGUUGCAGCGUUGGGGAACCAAUUCGACUACCUUGGCAUCAUUAUUCUGAUGUGGGGCGCGACCAUACCAAGUGUUUAUUAUGGGUUCCAUUGUGAGCUAAGGUUACAGAUGCAGUACUGGCUGGUAAUAAGCAUGCUCGCGUUAGCCUGUGCUACAGCUACUCUCCAUCCAAGGUUUCGGCAUCCUACGCUUCGCAAAUAUCGUGCAGUAAUGUACUCAAGUCUAGGCUUCUCCUCUGUCAUUUUCGUGAUUCAUGGACUCAUACUAUAUGGAUGGGAGAGACAAAUGAAACGUAUGAGCCUUGAUUGGAUGGCUGCUACGGCCAGUUUCAACGUGAUGGGCGCUAUUGCGUAUGCCAUUCGGAUACCCGAGCGUUGGUCUCCUUACACCUUCGAUUUCUUCGGAAGCAGCCACCAGAUACUUCACGUAAUGGUCAUUAUUUCAGGCUUGGCGCACAUGAUGGGUUUGCUUAGAGCCUUAGACUAUAUAAAAGUCCACGAAACCCACUGCAUUUGA